AUGACGUCCAGGCAGCAGCAGCUGAGGUGGCCGACUGCGCAGUGGCUUGCGGCCGCGAUCUUCGUCUUAGCGUCCAGCGUAGAGGGAGUGGAGAAAGAUAAGAGCUACACAAUUGUUGGAGGCGGCGGAACAGCUCUUAGGGAUUUCGUCUCGGACGCAGUCGGCAAUGCAACCCAGGACUCCAACUACAAGGGCCAGCAGUCGUUUCUGAACAACACCUUCCAGUAUGCCAUUGGGGACUUUCCCCUCAGCAAGAAGGACUUUGAGGCUGCCCAAAGGCCGAUCCUGCAGAUCCCCAUCUCAUUUGGUCCAGUGGUGAUAGUGGCGAACUUGACGCCGGAGUUUCAUGCGAGCAGUACACUGCAGCUGAGCGCGCCGGUCACGGCUGCCAUCUUCCAGGGCAACAUCACCACCUGGGACGACCCCGCCAUCCUGGCCAUCAACCCCAAUCUUACGAAGCUGCAGCCGCCGAUCCCUGCAGGCACGAAGAUCCGCGUUGUGGGCCGCUCGGACAGCAACGCGGCCGCCUACGCGUUCUCGCAGUGGGUGUCUCAGGCCGGCAACGGCAGCUGGGCGCUGGGCGUCAACAAGACGCUGCCCACCGGGCCGACAGCGAAAGUGGUUACGGGCGGCGGCAACGUCACAACCUUCCUGCUCAACACGCCCUUCUCCAUUGGAUACACGGAUGCGUAUGCUGGCAAGAAGGCAAAGCUGCCGGACGCGGCGCUGCAGAACGAGGCCGGCAAGUUCAUCCGGUACAGCAAGGCCGACUGGACUUUCCCGGGCGUCAACAUCAGCAUCCCUGCCGCCACCGCCGACUGGUCCAAGUUCAACCUGACCAACCUGCCUGGCGAGAAGACCUACCCCGUAGUCACUACCUCCAUCCUGCUCACCAACAAUGACCUCACUGGUCGCGAGACGCGCGGCGCAGCUCAAAAGGCGGUGUUUGGCUACCUGCUGGGCCCUGCCGUGCAGACUGCUGCCAGGAGCUACGAGCAAUUCCCCUUGAACGACAAGUUCUUGAACGCCUCUCUGACAGCGGUGAACUCCAUCCGGGUCCUUGACCCGAAGGAUUUCUUCGAGAGUAACCAACUGCCAAAGCUCGGAGCUCCCUACAACAUCAACUUCCAGUACAAUUGAAACUGAAAGCUGAGAGUUGCCAGCUGCUCAGCAUUUGCAGAGCCACUGGCAGAUGCUCAUGCACAGGUCAGUUUGCUUUGCAGCAUGAAGGGGGGGUUCAAAAACUAUGGGCCUUCCUGAAGUUCGUGUCGAUGAGAGUGCCAUCUAGUGUAAUCUGUCAUGUGCACCGGUUUGUAAUUGUAGAGGGACAUCUGGGGAUUUAGAAGUAUCUGGAUCAGCAGAUGUCAUAUUGUUUAGGUGCUGCUUGCAUGCGUGCAAAUGCUAUUAUUUAUUCGGAAGGCUUCAUUGAUAAGUUGGGAAUUGAAGUACUUUGCAAAGCUUGACAGCCGUCACGCACAAUUGUUGGAUUUCCAACGUUUCAAACAAAUUCGACUGUUUCACAGCUGCAACAUGUUUAAUAUUGCCCUGAUGACAGAAGCUCCGUUGGGUUGUAAGGUGCUCUACAGUC